AUGGUAUAUAUUUGUUUAUGCCCAGUGUGUAAUGGAAAAACAGUUGAUCAAAGAACUUGGAAUAAUCAUUUUGAUUUAUAUAUGUCCGAUGAUCCUAUACCUACAUUACUAAUUCAAGAAAAUAUUACCAACACAAAUAAUGAACUUUUUGAAAUUUGUCAAUCAAAUUGUAUUUGUGAAGCAGAACUUAAAAAACCUGUUCGUAUAUCUAAAGGAAAAAUAUUAUAUAAGGCUAUUAAAACAUAUCCUUACUAUUCAAUUAUUUUACAUCUUAAAAAAAUUCUUUUACUUCCAGAAAUAGAAGAGGCAUUAGAAUCUUGUUAUAAACAUUUAUUACCACCAAAUGAUUUACUUUCUGAUGUAUAUGAUGCGGCUCAAAAAAUAUCAGGAUUUGCAGAACAUUCUUCUAAAAAUAGAUGCUAUCAAUGUAUUAAAAAGUUUCCAACAUUUCCAACUGGAAAAGUAAAUUUUUCUGGAUUUAGUCAAGAAUUUUCUCGUUUAAAUAAUAUUGAGCAUAAACAAUUAUCUAAUAAUUGGUUAAAUGCAAAUAAUAGAGAAAAAAAGCAAAUAUUUGACAAAUAUGGAAUUCAAUGGACUCCAUUACAACAUCUUCCCUAUAUUGAUCUUAUUUGUUUUACAAGAUAUUGCUUGGAAGUUAUGUCUACUAUUUAUGAAGAAAUUACAAUUAAUCUAGUUGUAUCAACUUUAUUAAAAAAUUUUCCAGAUUCAAUUAAUGAUUUUAUUUUAUUAGGAGAUACAUUAGCUAAAUAUUUAAUACCUAUACAAGAUAUUCUAAAUCUUUAUAAUAUGUCAACCAAAAUAUCAGAACAAAAUAUUACUGGAGCUGAAUUAUUUCCUGGAAAGUUUCUUAAACCUAUACAUUUUUCACAUUUGGAUGAUAUUACAAAUCGAUAUCUUGCACAUGAUCUGGAGCUAUUUAUAUUAGAGAUGAAAAAUUCGAAUUCAUAUAUAGUUGCAGCUUUUAUUGAUGAAAAAAAGACCAGAGCUGGUAAUGAAUAUAAUAUAUAUUACUGGCCUGGAAAAGUAUUGUAUUAUUUUAAACAUCAAGUACAAGUUCCAAAAGAAAUUACUAAUGAGAAUUCUAGAGAUCAAAUAGAUUUUGAAACUAUAGAGCAUUCAUUUGCUUUUGUUGAUUGGUAUAAAACAUCUACUUAUUGUGAUCAUUUUUAUAUAUAUAAUCAUGAAACUGAUUGCUUUCAAUUUGAUGAAGAUGGACAUGCUCAUGCUGGUAUGUUUUGUGCUAAAUUGUGA